AUGAAACUCCAGUCUCUGCUCCGCCCCAUGAAUGAAAUAAGUAUGGUCACGGGAAUUGUUAAACUCUCUAAAAGGGAUCUCCUGCCGGCUGAAAUCAACCUCCUGUCUAAGGGAAUAGGAUUUAAUCCUACGGAUGCUUCACCUACCAACUUUCUAGCUGGUCUCGAAUUCAUUCUACUGACCUCCGUCCUACCUGAAGACAAGCGCGCUGACAUACUCAGCUGUGCCACUGGUAUCCUCCGGCAAAAAGGCACCAGCAAACUCUAUCGGCCGAAGAAGCGCAAAGAUUGCGAACACUGAAAUCGGACCACGGUAUUGUUGUUAUUCCCGCCGACAAAGGUGGCGCUACCGUCAUCAUGGACAAAACUGACUACGUCAACAAGGCGAAUAUAAUCUUCAGUGACACGGAUUCUUAUACCAUUCUCACCGAAGACCCAACGAAAAAUCAAGCCGCAGCCAUCAAGAAAAUGGUCAAUGAGCUUGCUCGUCUGAAAGUCAUAGGUCCAGAUGACUCAAAAUUUAUGACCCUCAGUGAUCCCCAUGUCGCACACGCAUACGGUCUCCCAAAGGUUCACAAAAUUGGUGCCCCACUGAGGAUUAUAGUACCGCUCAUCGGAUCCCCUACCUACAACUUAGCCAAGUGGCUGUACAAGCAUCUAAAGCCGCUAACUCACGGAUCUCGCUACAGCAUUAACAGCUCCCACGAAUUCCUCAACCGGAUCGAUGGUCUCAAUGUAAGCACUGAUGAAUGCUUCUUGUCUUUUGACGUCGUUGCCUUGUUUGCUUCUAUACCACACGAUUUGGCAAUUGACUGCGUAGCCCAACGGUUACAGGACAAUCCUAUUGGUAUCCCAGCGCAGCGAGUUAUAGAACUCCUUAAACUCCGUCUUAAGAACUAUUGCAAGUUCGACAAUAAGUACUACCAACAGGUGAAGGGAUGUCAAAUGGGCUCCCCAAUAUCCGGUCUACUCGCAGAACUAGUGCUACAGCAACUAGAACAUGAGGUUUUUCAAACUGUCAACCCCAAAAUGUGGCUGCGCUAGGUCGACGACACCUUUGUCGUAAUAAAGAACCGCGAAGUCGAAAGGCUACAUCAAAGGCUGAAUAAUGUCUUUCCGGCCAUACAUUUCACCCGCGAAGAGGCAGCAGGAGACAGUCUGUCGAUUUUGGACGUAAAAAUACAAAGGAUGGACGACGGUAACCUCGCAACCAGCGUCCAUAGAAAAGGGUCUGAUUCUGAGAUCAUCCUCAAUUAUGGAAGCAAUCACCCUGCGGCUCACAAAAGAAGCUGCGUCCGAACUCUCUUCCACCGGGCCUACCGUUAUUGCAGCAAUAACGAUCUGCUGAAGAAAGAACUAGGUUAUCUAUAUCGGAUAUUUCGAUCUAACGGGUACCCAGUCAGUUUUGUGAAGAACUGCCUCAGGCGUCAGGCACAACCUCGAGGCCCCUCGUCAGAUGGAGAAACCGUGACCCAGAAUUUCUUCUCCCUGCCCUAUAUGCAGGGGACCUCCGAAAUGAUCGCCCGUCAACUAAAUCAGUUCGGUAUCCGCGUCUCCCACAAACCUGCAUCCUCGCUGCGCACAGUCUUAACUUGAGUAAAGGAUUCUAUCCCAAAAGAGGACCAGACUAACGUCAUCUAUCGCAUCCCGUGGGCCAAUUGUCCCUGCGUAUAUGUUGGUCAUACAGGACGACGCCUGGGAACUCGUAUUAAUGAACACAAACUAGCUGUCCGUCGCCGUGAUCCACUGUCCCUCGUCUUUGCACACACACUCCAGUGCGACCACCAUUUUAAUUGGGAUAACACCGAGGUCAUCGCCCCGGCCAACACAAAACGGGCGAGAGAAUUCCUAGAGGCAUGGCACUAUAACGCGGACAGCACCAACCGCCACGUCGACCUUGACGCCCAUUAUGAGGGCCUAAGAUCACGCCUCAAUAAGCCGAUCCCCGCUCCGCAUCAGCAGCCGCUAAUUCAGGCGCCCGCAGUUCUGCCAACCUACCAUUCUCCCUCCCCUCCAACACGGGGAGCCGUAACGGUUCCCCCCCCCCACCUUCCUGCCCUCCCCGCACAGAACCCAGCAUGACUCCCUACCCGCAUCCCUCCUCACACGCUAAUGGUCCGCCCGUCAAUGUUUGUCCUGUCUCGUCUACUAGUCUAGUGUGACUAUCUCAGUCUCCCUUUUCUCCUCAUCUCGUCUGACGACGGGUUGGUGCCACCAAUUCGAAAAUUCACGAGUACAACUCGAUUUUUUCCGAAGAACCUCCUUCCUUUUCAUUACUAAAUAUCACUAAUUCAUAGGCUCUUUUUAAGUUCAAAACGAUUAUGUGGUCAAAUGUCGUACCCCAAUCUUUACGCUUUCCAGCAAUUUUAGAAUUGUUUGGGCAAAUUCAGUUUGAAUCCCUCGGAUACAGCCACAGACAUAUUUGGAAUAGGAUGUCCAACUGACAUGAUUACGUACUGUUUCGACUUUUUACCUGUCUUUCAGCGUUCUUAUUCAAACGAUGUCCAGCCUUGAGUACGCAGGUUCUUGCAAGCACGGAAGUGAAAAAUCCAAUAUAGGAGGAAACGUUUCAUUGUUUUUUGGAUAAUAAACCCGCCCCAACCCUUGCAAUCAAUGGCAGUUCCACUUUUAAACUGAUUGCUGAAAAUAAUGGGAGGUACCAGGUUGCGGCGUAAAUAAAUUCCGUUGCCAUACGGAUCAAGGUUCUAGGCAUAUCUGACGCCGGCUCAUAUUACAUCGAAUAAAACGAAGGGGGUCGUGAGCGGUUAUGCGUACAACAAGCACAUCAAACGGAAGCCAAAGUCAUGUCCUGUAGCAAAUAAAUGAAGCAUUUGCAACAGAGUGAUUAUUGGAGCACAUAAAGGUCGGGUUGAACUAACUGUUCGGGGAAACGAAAGUGCCUAUAUGAGCACGUACUCCGACAACGCUAAGGAUUUGUAAGUUUGCUUGGAUAACGUUGAAAUAGGUCCUAACGGUGACUUUCUACGUAUCUGGAAAACCAGCUAAAUAUUGAAUGCCGAGAAAAGUCUUUCAGAAUGAUUGCCAGGAUGCUGUAUCAGGACGUUUAUUUUGUCUACUUGAUCAAACGCCGCUUAAUCAAUACGAAGGAAAUGUCGGUGCGAUAUGGUUAUGUAGUCCCAUUUGAUGGACACAAUAUCGUUGGGGUUAGGGUUAGGGGUUAAAACUAGGAUUUAGGACAAGUAGUUUUCAACCACUUAAAGUAAAACCCCGCAUUCUCAACAGUUUAUCUUUGCAUGCAUUUACUUGACCUCGUUGCCUGUGUGUUCCCCGGCUUCAUCUGUGAAAACUUCUAUUACCACCGGUCCCGUAUUACAGGUUGGUGGUGUUUUGUUUACUUCAAGUGUAUCUACACACCCACAUCUGACUGAACAGUCUAUUUAGUGUCUGAUUGUGGGAGCAGUACGUAAACCUAACGCUAUGUUGUAUCUAGAGAGACUUGUGCCCGAUUUAAAACAGGCACACUACAAGUUGUCGUAACUAAAGGCAUUCUACUAACGAAUACGGAGGUGUUUCGUCUUGCUUGUUGUUUCUUUGUUCAUUAUGACAAUAAUGGGGGGGGGGUUGUAACAUCUCACUCGUUAUGCCACGGACGCAGCUGUGUGCGUGUAUUAUACAGAAGUGCAGGAACGCACUGAAGCAGCCCAGACAACAAAUGGUCGGAACUACGCUAUCUUAAGGGUCUAUUCAUGGCCACAGAGUAACCUCGCAACUUCAUAGAACGCAUCAGGCAGUUUGGAUCAUAGAAACGUCCGGUGACAGAAGGGCCAGAAAUCUGUCGAGUGCUUCUCUGAGGUUGUCUCCCGUCUCCGAAGAACUCUGGGGAUCGCCAUUAUCCAUCAGCUAGCAUCACAACUUCGGUAUUUGAUAAUGAGACCUAAGCAGCCCUACGUCAUUUGACGAAUCUAACGCAACUCCUAAGAAAUGAAAUAUACUGGAGAAACCGGCAAACGAUUGCAAACCAGUGUCUCUCGUGACAGAACACCGCUUAUACCUUGGACGCACGUGCGCCUUUCAGAAUGCCAAGUUCUAAAUCGAGGAAAUGACCGCAUAACUAGGAAAACAAUCCAGGCCCGACACAUUAGCGCGAAUUCCAUCAAAUGCUCUGUGGCACUGCCCGAUGCCUAAAAGGCCCCUAGUUCAGUGAACUCUUCCAAUCUUAAAAAUGUUUUUACGUCCUGACCAGAAAAAUUUCUCGGUGGACUUUGAUUGAAAAUUUAAUUCUUUAAAGUUAUAUGAAGCAGAAACGAAGGGUUUUAUUCCUAUUUUAGGCUCCUGUAAUUAUGGUUAUGCAUCACUCUACAAAACGAGCUUUCGUCUCUAAUGCUUCCAGUAAGUGUACUCUGGGCUGAACAGGAAAUGCUCUCGUUUUGAGGUAUGUUGAUAUGGUGCAGGAUGUGGGCCGUGUACUUGUGUUCUCCGCCUGCCUUCUCAGAGUGGAACCUGGAUAUUUUCUUCCGGAAAGAAAAGAUAGAUAUUUGCAGUCUUAUUUCAUAGAGAUGAUUUUGCAUGUUUCUGGUUGCCACUAGGUCACUUUCCAAUACCACAGAUGACUUCGUGAACGCCUUAAAAUAUUUCUAAAUUGGCUAGCCUAUUAGCUGCUCUGUUCUUAAUUUAUGACGUUUAUCGUUAUAUUAAUUUUCCAUAUGGUUAAAUUAAUUAAUUCCAACGAGGGUUUUUUUGAAUCCGUUUUGCUUAAUUUCGGAGGGGGACAAGUUAGGAGGAAGGUGGGAUAGGUUGAUAUUACUUUUUUAUUUAACUGUUUUCCACAGUACGCUCUCCGCUUCCGGGAUUCAUAUUAUUUCUAACAAAUAUUAAGGUUUCUGCAAAAAUACAGUGUGAUUAGUGUACCUUAAACGCUUGACCCGCUUCUCAUGCUUCCUGCCCAGAUGCUACUGAAAUGUCGAAUACAUCUGUAUUGCCGAAAUAGCAAAAUGGUAAUUCUACAUCCUUUCACUUGGCAAAUUCUGUGGCUAUUGAAUAUAUAGGAAACACCAGUUAUUCGUUUGAGCAGCGAUCAUCUUACAAAAAUUUCCCUGGACGUUUUCUAAAACUCUGAUAUGAACGGGCAAAUCAAUCACGAGCGCAGAAGACACGAUACUCUGUAGGCUGAUUCAGCAGAAUUUACAAUUGCGGAGUUGUAUGUCCUGUAUUGUUCCGCUCUUGUCCUGUAACAAAAUUUUUGAGCAGUCGUCUACUCAAAGUAGUUAAAAAGCCAAUUUUUAAGUGCAGAUGGAAUACUACUUUCACACGGCCCUUGUCCACAACGACUAAGUUUUGCCUUACUCUUGUGAAAGGUGACAAAUGUUUCGAGACUACAAAAGACAAUAAAAGUUUUUUUGCAAAGGAAACUUAGCACUGGUGCAGCCUCUAAUUUCCAUCCACGGCUUUCAUUCACGAUUUCGCAGCUUAGCUUUAUGGCAAAGAAUUCGUUUACAAAGGCCACGUAUUUGCAGCACAAGCGAACGAUGAACAACCCCUGAAAGCAUAUGGUUUUGCAAACACAAGAAUUUCAAGACAAUUCCCAAUUGUAUUUGGGUCACAAAAAUUGCAAUGGGAGGAUUUAACAGAAUAUUUGGCCGGCAUAUGUUUGCUUUCGAUAAAUCCUCGUCAGACCAGUAGGGAGCACAAGUUAAACAUUUAAGUGGUAGAAGGAAUCGAGUAAAAUCCGUAGUUUUAUAUAAAUGGGAUGUGGAAAUAAGCAGAGGAGAAUAAACCAAGGAGCGUUUGGGUUAUUUAGUGUCGUGAAUGAAAUAAACUGCAUCUAGGGCAUAGAAGAGGAGGAGAUUGCACGAGUUUCAUCUCUAUACAUAAGACUGGCUGACAUAACCUGAUUGCAGUCGCUUCUGCUGUUACCAUCAGACGUGGUUGAGGUAGUUUAAUGUGACCACAGAAGAAGUUUCUUUGGGGUCUACACGAUGCUUAAAUCAGCAAUAUAAGCGAGAAUGACGCUCCUUCUAAUCCAGCCUUUCCUCAUUCAUGCGAGAGGCGUUCCUGUGUGUUCUUGAUGAGACUUCGACUCGUCCGUUUAACCAAACGUAAUGGUAGGGGCGCUUAACAAUGGUUCUUACGGAAAUCAGUCGUUCCGUUGAGCUUUAAGGGCUGUCUUUCGAGCCCAACCAGCAGUCGCACAUCUGCGUAUGAUAUAGGCAGUAUGUUAUAUCGACAAAGACAAGGGAGACAAGGGUUGGGUAUGACUGGCCGACGACGGCUAAUAAGCCAGGAAUAGCCAUUCCGGUCACCCUUGUCUAUGUCGGUUGUAACAUACUGCCUAUAUCAUGCGCCACUGUGCAGCUGCUGGUUGGACUCGAGAGAGAGAGAGAGCCCGUAAGGCGCAACGGGAGGAGUGAGUUACCGGUUUCCCUUGUCUUUGUCGAUAAUAACAUACUAAUCUGACUUACUCAGCAGGAGCUGACAAAAUAGCAAAUGGACAUGUCGAUGAUCUGAACUGGCAAUUACGCAUAAAAGGGUUGGUGGAGAAUGAUGCCUGAACUCUUGCAUGCCACGGCAUCUACUCAAAUCAAAUCGCCUCGUUCACCUAAUAUGAGAGCUCAAAGAGCAUUUUUUUGUUAUUUUUCGUCCCUGUGGUAGGUUUUGUUUGUCUAUCAGAGUGAUUCUUUGAGAGAAUUCUGUCUAGACCCGGUUCUCGCGAAGCAGGUCCUGCAUAUUUUUAAGUUACUUAAAGAUUCUGCCUGCCGGGCAGACCUUUCUAGCCUCUUCGCUAGACAACAGAAAAAGUCACGUUUCUGCUGAGAGGAUACGAAACUGCGUAAGUUCGUUUAAGGUCCAGACCACAUCUACUUUCGAUAGGUACUCAUUUGAAGUAGGUUGUAUUAAUCCCACGACUCGGCGCGUAUCCAGAAGAGUACGGUAGCCUUUCCCGCCAGGCCUGAGGAAACGCAAAAUAGGUAGCAUAUGCAGCAACAAAAUGCACAAAAUCUCAGGGGAAUGCUGAAAUAUAAGAAGUGAAUUCGAAGAAGUAAUUAAAUAUUGCCUGUUUUGAGGCGAAGAACAGUAGGUGGGCUAACUCAUGAAAUUUCAACCAUGAUUCCGAUAUGCGUUUUUUUUUAAAGAUUAGUUAAGAAAGGGUGCAAAAGUAGCCAGCCUGCAGCAUAAUUCUAAAAUAUGUCAGUUACCUCAGGAUCCCGGCUUUUGAAUGAACUUCCUUUCGACUGCAUGCAGUAACUACACUCUGUAAAAAACGACUACUUAAUUAGCAUGAAUUUUUCUCCUUUAUUUUCGAUGCCUUUAAAUAUCAAAUUACAUUUCAUGGAAAACAUGCAUAAAAAAGUCAUUCUUUUGCUCAUUUGGUAAAACGUUGCGUCUUCUUCCAAUCUUGUCCUCGAAGAAAGGGCAUAAUUUGGUUUGCAAAAACGUUUCCGAUUCCCUUGAACUUGGAUUCAGGGUUUUCAAACUGAAAGCCGUGUAUUUUCCGCGUAUGGAUGACUACAUAUUUCUCUACGGUAAUUAAGACAGAUCAUAUAGAAUUCAUAAAAUUUAGCAGUCGAGUUGAUUCAAUUUGUUAACUUAACAAGCCACAUUGGUAAAUGCAAAAACAUGACGAUUUAUGAAUGGCCUUUAGAUGAUAUUUAAAGGUCUCAAUUUAGAAACGAACAUUUUACGGUAUUUAAAAGACCAGCAAAUCGAACUGUUUUUGAAGCCGAAUUAUAUCCUUCCUUCGAGUAAAAUUAUGAAGGCGUAAUUGUCUACCGAAUAAGUAAAAUAAUGAAUAUUUUAUGCGUUUUUUCCUGAAAUAAAAUUGGACAUUUAGCAGCAUCGAAAACCAAUGAGAAAAAUUCAUGCUACUCAAGUGGUCGUUUCUUACAGUGAGGUUUUUGCAUGCUGCCGAAACGAAGAUCAUUCUAAAGCCGUGAUCCUGAGGUAACUGAAAUAUUACAGAAUUAUAUUGCAGGCUAACUAGUUCUACAGCCCUACUUAAUUAAUCUUUUCGAACCCAAAACGCAUUUUGGAAUUUCGGUCGACAUUUCAUGACUUAACUCAUCAACUAUAAGUACAAUUACGAGCGGUUAACUAAGAAAGUCGAUCCAUAUUUCAUCCUCUAGUCUUCUUUGUUCACACGCAAAAGUGGGCCAAAUGCAAAAUGAAUCUCAGCAGACAUAUGCUGCUUUAUCAUAAAAAUUACGAAAUUAAAUUAUUUAUAUGGCCGCAUGCUCCCCUUUUCGCAUUGAUUAAUUUCCUAGCCUGAACACACAUCACCACGUAAACGAUGUGUUGUCCAUUUUGCCAGAAAAAUCAGUCAGAAACGUGAGUAGCAAUGAUGAUAGAUUCUGGUAAAAAUCUAAUUAUUUUGGAAAGGAAAUAGCCUGCAAAAUAUAGUGCAACGCAUUUCGUUUCAUUGCUGAUAUCUUAAGUCGGAGAAUAAACCCGUAUGCACAGCAUUACUUCUUAGAAGAAUGGUUAGAAUCCAAAUGGAGUAUUGCAUUGCAUUACAGUCUGCGAAAAUCCGGAUUUUUCAGCCUUUUGAGUUAUCACCGACUUUUCAUUUCCUGCAGUUAAUGAUAUAUUAGACGUUCAUAUCGAAAAAAACAGAGUGGUUACUCGCGGUUAUAAAGUUGACGCAAAUCACAAGCAGCAUUCGUCUCAAAUAGCACAUACUGUCUUUUUUCCCGGCGUCAGUAAACUGGUCGUUGUUUCGUCGGUGUUCGCAAGCAGGGACCAACGACUCAGGAUGUCAAAGAUAGACUUUGAUUUGCCCAACCUCUGCGAAAUUUAACGACUGUAACAUAAAAUGACAAUAAACACUUUUAACAAAUGCAAUCUGGAGAUUCUGUGUGCCCUUUCCUAGGCUAAUAAAAGGUACAUUCCUCAGUCUUUGUUGUAUGGUUCCUUUUACGAUUUCCAUUUAUCGCUCUGAAAGAAAGAGAGCCAACAGAAGCGAACGGGCGAGUUUCAGGAAGCAGUUCAUUAGAGGGAAGGACGCAGGAGAGCAGCAAUGCCAGAGACAGCGAGCCAAAUGGUCGAGUAAUCAUCCCGCCCACAUUCAACACGAAGGGUGAAAUUGAGGCAAUUAACGACUUGGAUGCGGAAAGACGAGCCAUCAUCGCGUCCAUUACGACCACCAACGGUGAUCGCAAUGGCUGUUAGUAAAAGUACACAUGCAGUCCCAUGACUGCUGCGUCCUAUAAAUACUGCAGUCUAUGUGCCUUCAUCAGCCUUAUAUUCGACUGUUUCUAAUCAUGAGUUCAAGUGAGAAUUCGAAACAUCGAGUUAACAAACUUCUUGUUCAAGUGAUCGUAUCUUUUUCUACAUAACAUGUGCUUUCUCAUGAAAUGUCAGUCAAAAUUUCGAAAUGCGUUCUCGUUUAAAAAAAGAUAAAUUAAGUAGUGUUGUAAAACUAACCAUCAUGCAGCAUAAAUCUAUAAUGAUCCAGUUACCGCAGGGUGCCGCCUUUCGAAAGAACUUACACUCGGCUGCAUGCAAGAUCAAUACUCUGCAAAAAAUGCCUACUUGAGUAGUAUGCAAUUUUCUCAUUGAUUCUCGAUGCCCUUGAAAACUUAAUGCGAUUUCAUGGAAAUCAUGCAUAAAAAAGUCAUUCUUUUACUUAUUCGGUAGAAAAUCACGUCUUCUUCCAAUUUGACACUCAAAAAAGAGUAUAAUUUGGUUUUAAAAACUUUUCUAAUUUCCGAAUAAUUUUGAACCCGAACUCCUGUUACACUUGCAUUCAGGGUUUCAAAACUAAAAGCGGCAUAUUUUCCGUGUACGGAAAAUCAUGAAUUUCUCUACGGGUUUAAGAGGAGACUAUAUGAGUUUUAUAAAAUUAACCAGUGGAUUUUUAGCCGACACCCUGCGGUAACUCGAUCAUUAUCGAUUGAUGCUGAAUGAUGGUUAGUUUUACAAUACUACUUAAUUGAUCUUUUCGAAACGUGAACGCAUUUCGAAAUUUUGGUUGACAUUUCAUGAGUUAGCACAUCUACUAUAAUCGUGUGAUCUAGUGAUAAUAAUUUGAAAUUUGCAGGUCACGGCAGGCUUAAAAUGUGCCCUGGCUAAGUACAGCUUAAUAUUCGCAGUGCACUGCGGAUGUAUGGACAGGAAUUUUGCCCUUAACAUACACCAAUUCUAUUGUUUUCCGCAAACAACAAUUUUGCAAAUCUAAGUCAAAUUUUGCUAGCCCUGUACAUUUCAGGUCGCCGUUGUUUCACAGUACCUUAAUAGUUGGUGAUUACAGUUAGGCCAUCACGAUUAAUGAUGCCUACCAUGUGCCAGACGAAACAUGCUGCGGCGGCGUCUUGGUUGUGAAUUAGUUCGUAAUGAAGAAAACUUACGCAUCAUCUUCCGCACACCCCCCUACCCCAUCCGUCUUCCUCCGAUGACAAGACAAAGUAAAGACGGACUGAGGAAGGCGUGAACGCAGUGGCUCAAAAAAACAAAACGGCUCGGCUACGAGUGCCAGAUUUGACGGAGCGAAGGGCGAAUGUCAUAAAGUUGACAUUUAGAAGAAGCCGUUUCGCCGGCUGUCAGUCCGCCGGCAACUCCUCUCACCUGCACUCCGCAUUGACCACUCACACUGAGUUAUCCUUUCAGUUGAUAGUCUUCCAAGUGAGGACGUUAAACACUUCUCGGAAUCAGAAGACGAGGUGGCGAGCAUACGUAGCUUUCGAUAAAUUCUCAUUGGGCCAGUACAGUUAUAUGGGAAAGGGGUAGAAACAUGUCAGAGAUAAGAGAAAUUGAGAAACGUUCGCCGUGCCGGACACUGACUGCUACUACCCCCACUACCCCACCCCCUCCCCUACCUUCGCACAUCCGGCCUGUGUUUUAAGGCGAACUUUUAUCGGUUUCUCGCAUCGAUGACAUGUUUUACUUCUACCCCGUUCUUAUAUAACUGAACUGGCCCUGCGAGAAUUACAUGAGAGCUACGUAUGCUCGCCACUUCGUCCUCUAAUUACUGCAUGGGAAUUAGCGCACCCCUUGGAAUGUUCAUGCAUAUCAGAUGGCAGAGAGAAGUGCCUUUCUUUCCGGCGCAAUGGCUGAUAGCGCCAGAAAUACAUCAUGAUCAUUUUACUCUCGAGGGUACAUUAGAGGAGGUCAAGGGGCUAUUACGCUGUCCUGGCCCCAAGUGCAAGCGCAGUGUGGGCAAUGAAAGUAAAGUAGGCCAAAGGAGCGGGCCAAAAUCGUUAGUGGGGGAAGUUGCCGAAGCUGAAACGGAAAAGGCAACCUGAUGUAUGACAAAUCUGCCAGCAGACUGAAGGAAGCCUAGAGGUCCCGCAUAAGACCUGGCUAAAAGGACACGCGGGUCAAAAGUAAUCCUAACCCUUAACGCAACUACAAAUUUAAUGUUAACCCUAAACUUAGCAAUAGACCUAAAACAAACCCUAGCCCUAACCCUAAGCCCAACCUUAACCCUGACCCAAAUCCUAACCCUAAUCUUAACCGUUACCUGAACACUAAACCUAACCUUAAAAAUAACCCUUAUCCCAAAUUUAUCUGUAAAUCUACACUUGCGUUAGCCCAACCCCAACCUUAUCACUAAACGUAAAUCUUAACUGCAAUCCAAACCCUAAGUCAAGUUUGGCACAAAACCUAAACCCUGACUCAUUUCUCAGUCCGAUACUAACCCAAACCCUAAAACAAACUCUAUCUCUGAACCGAGACAGCAGGUUGCCCUUUUCUGUUUAAGAUUUGGAUACUUUCUCACUAACAAUUCUGGCAUCCUCCAUUGGUCUACUUCACUUUCUAUGCCCACAUGGCGUUCACGCUUGGAACGAGUACAGCAUACCCGACCCGUAACCAUCAGAGAAAGUGCAUUUCGCCUACACGUGCAGGUUUUGCCACGCGACUUUGCGUUGGCCAUAACUGUCACGGCGAAAUGGAUCCUAUUCUUGCUGCCAGAAAAAUCUAAGACUGUCGUGGGGUGUGGCGACUGGUGUUAAGAGACCUUGUUCAUGGCAUGCACAGUGGGUGGGCUAUCUCAUGAAAUGUCAAACGAAAUUCUGAAAUGCGUUUUCGUUUCAAAAAGAUUAAUUAAGUAGUGUUGUAAAACUAACCAGCCAGCAGCAUAAUUCUAUAAUAAUUCACUUACCUCAGGAUGUCGGCUUUUAAACGAACUUCCUUUGGGCUGCGUGCGAAAAUGACCCUGUAAAAAAUGACUUCGAAUGUAGCAUAAAUUUUUCUUAUUGCUUUGCGAUACCCUUAAAACUUUCAUUAUAUUUCAUGCAAAGCAUGCAGAAGAUAUUUAUAAGUUCGCUCAUUCGGUAGAAAAUUGCAUCUUCUUCGCAGCCUACUCCCGAAUGAAUGGUGAUAUUUGGUUUUUGCAAACGUUUCUAAUUACCGAAUAUUUUUUAAGCCCGACCUGCUGUUACACUUGGCUUCAGGGUUUCCAAACUAAAAGCCAUAUAUUUUGCGCGUACGGAAAACCACACACUUCUUUCUCUACGGUAUUAAGAGGAGACCAUAUAGGGUUCGUAAAAUUUAGCAGUAGAUAUGAUCCAUAUUGUUUUUACAAAUCCCAUUGGUAAGUGCAACCACAUGACGUUUUAUGAAUGGUCUUUUCAUGAUAUUAAAAGGUCUCACAAUUAGAAACAUUUUAAGACGAAUUAUGUCCCUUCUUCGGGUGCAAAAUUAAAAGAAUACGCAAUUUCCUAACAUAGGUGCAAAGGGUUAAUAUUUUGAUACAUAUUUUUCAUGAAAUAUAAUUACAUUUUCAAAGGUAUCGAAAAUCAAUGAUAAAAAUGCAUGCUAAUUAUGAAGCUAUUUUUUACAGAGGGUACAUUUUCUAGGCAGCCCAAAGGACGGUCGUUCUAAAGCCGGCAUACUGAGGCAACUGAAUUAUUAUGGAAUUAUGCCGCAGGCUUACAGGUUUUGCAGCCCUACUUAAUUGGUCUUUUCGAAGGGAAAACGCAUUUCGGAAUUGCGGUUGGCAUUUCAUGAGUUAGCCAAGCUACUGUAGAUUAAAGAGUUUUUUGUCGAUUGGGUAUAUGAUCUUGACCCUCGGCAGCUUCCCACGGCAAGGCACUCCUAGCGCAGAAUAUGAGAGUAAUAGAGCUGGGAACCAGUAGGCAUUCCUGCUUUACAGCCUAGGUCACUCAAAGACUUCAAACUGUGCCUCGUUGUCCGCGGCGCUAGCUUUUUAUCACGUGGGAAAUCCCAAUAAAACUAAUACUUUUUCAUUAACCGGUGUUACCAGCACUUCUGUUUCCCACACAAAACACAAUUACCAACUGUUUCAAUGGUUAAACUUUGCCAGUAGGCAUAUAUUUAGAUGAACCUGCAGGACCUCAAGCGGGCCGGGUGGACUGCUUAAUUUAUUACUGCCUUGUACCCUUAACUUCCGUUGAUCUAUCUUUCUCGUCAUGUGCUUGUGAGGGCAAUGGCGUUCCCAAAAGCCAUCCGUUAGUCUGCCUUGGCUCCAUUUGUUGGGAGAUUAUGUGGAUUUUUAAAAUUUCUUUAGAGUUUCAAAAAUCACACUGAAAAAUUCAAAAAGCGAUUUGGCGAGCAUACGUCUGUUUUUAAUAAAUUCUCGUCAGGCCUGUACACUUAUAUGACUGGUAAAGUAAUAAAUUAAAAGAUAAGAGCAAGUAGAUAAUUAUGUUAUAUCUCCCCUCUCCUCCCGAAACCCGAGCUGCAACAUCAUUAUCUACAGGCCUGACGAGAAUUUAUCAAAAGCAGACAUGCGCUUGCCAAAUUGCCUUUUGAAUUUUUAGAACUUGGUCUUUGCCUAAUUAAAGAAGGCUGUUUGAGAGGAGAAAGGGUGUAUUGGCUGACGAUGGCGACCAAUUUAGUCUCCCAGAGAGACAGAAACAGGAUGAAGAGAGGGUUGUUGCUGCGUUAAGGUAAUUCAAGAAUUCUUCUCACGACUUCCUUCAUGAUGGCAAACGCGACCCCAGCAUCCAUUCAUCCUGCAUUCGAAUGUCCUUCGGAUAAAACUAUGUAACCGAUACCCGCUUUUUACUAAUUGUCCUUAUUCGCAGAGUCCGUUUUUGCUGAGAACAGCAAUGCCCACCCAUUAGAGCACCAGUUUUUGGACAAACAUUGCUACCCCUCAUCUUCGUCGACGACCCAUUUGGUUCUCUGAUUUCAAACGAACAUUCCAGGCCAUCAGAGUGAGGCGUCAAAAUGGCAGCCUGGAGUGCCGUAGAACGACAACAGGGAGCCGUUGGUUUGCAUACUUCUUCGGUCGUUUAAUUUUGCGUUCACACGCAGCGGCCAGCUUGCUGACGGCUUGGUUGUUCAUCAUCUGGUUUAAGUUAGUUUAUUAGGGGAAUAGAGUUUUAACCCUGGAGUUCCCUAUUCAUAUCCAAAAAUAGCACCGGUAAUUCAAGAAAUGUAAAAGUCGUCCGCAUGUGUAAGACGGGCACAAACUGCCACCACUGACACAAUCGAGCUCACAUGUACAGAAAUUUUACGACAAAUGCAUAUCUAGUUUGCAUUCAAAGGUUUCAACAAUUUUGAAAAGAAGCACCGCAUCAGAUAUUUGUUCCAUGCUCCGAUGACCCGCUACGCGAGGGCGUUCCGUUUGACGCCAGCAUAAACCAAAUUCCUCUACAGUUAAGAGCCAUGACUACGUAGACGGUCGUCCCAGCCAAUUUGAAGUCUAGGGCACGCUCAGGGACCCUUAUAAUCCGGUGGUUUUGCAUGCUGUCGCCGCGCAGUUGCCUGUAAAUGAGGGGAAACUGGUUAAGUUCAGUCAAUCUGGUUUCGUAAGGCGGAUAAGUAGGAAUCAUGACCAUCUUCCUUGCUCCCCGCUUGAAAUCACUCCAUCUGUUGAUAAUCCUUCUUGAACCACGUGCAGCAGGCCUGGACGGCACAUUGCAAGUGAGACCAAACGAAUGUCCCGUAAAUUUUUCCAACAGCUCCUCAUCGAUCUGCACAAAUCCCCAACUCAGCGCAAAUAACGCCCAUGUUGCGGGUUUGGCUAGCAUUUGACAUUGUGACGGUAGUUUAUGGGAGGAGGUCAUAAGGACGACGAGGUCCUUCUGUUCCCCAACGUUUGAACUGGUCUGCUCAUCAAGGAGGUAUCGAAAAGAAUCGUCCUCCCUACUGGUCCUUCUGACGUGGAAUCUCAGGAGUACACACUUGUCCAAAUUAGGAUAUACAAGCCAGCGAUCUGACCCCCUGCUCAGUCGGUUGAGACUUUCUAGAAGUGCAUGCGUCACUAUCAAACAUGACAGUAGUUUUUCAUGUCCCUUCAUCUACAUAGGGUAAGCAGUAUUUCCGUAAAUAGGGUUACACAACCGGUGGCGUCUACUUCGAGUGAAGAUUUGUUUAGGGAAGUGACAACCAAAAAUACUUUUCACCGCCCACGGUGUUGGGAGGGGAGGAGUACGACAGUGGCAGGGAUUACAUGAGAUUAAGUUGCGCACAGCGGAUGUCCUUAUUUACUAUUGCUGCAGCGUCAACACCAAAUGGGGAGAGGCGACGCCCGAGGCAUUCACAACGUGUUUUCACAAAUGUUGGCGGAGGUAACUCUGUGUGCAUCUCGUGGUGGGUGUUCCUGAGACCCUGUGUACUUCCUGUUCCACGCAAACAACUGAAACGAAACGGACAAUGUACAGUAAAUGGGCUAGAUGGCAACCCCAACUGCAUGCAUUGAACAUGGCUCUAUUAUGGAUAAAUUAUUGCUCAUACAGAUUAUUCAAACAUAUUUAGUUCUAAAGAGAAUUAGGCGUUCAUCGGGAGAGAUUGGACCCAAAGUCGGAGGUAGCAACCCAUGCCGCGCAAAUGGGACACAUCUUCAACUUUGACGCCCUUGAGAUUGUGGUCCGGGUCGAUGAUCAUACAUCAAGGCAGGUGCAAGAAGCCUCGAUGUCCAACGACUGCUCUGUCAACCGCCAAAUGAAUUUGGCCCUCCCUAUGUGAUCUUACGAACCUUUUUAUCGGGGGACAGUCACGGCGUGAGACAAUCAGAGCCGUCUGCUAUCUGCGCAACCGACGAGGGCGGGGCAUUUCAGGUCAGAGUGACAUGCGGGUCGGAUGCAGCCACAAAGUCGCCAUUGUCGGGCCAGGCAUCAAUCAAAGCGUGCCAUAUAGGGAGAGCUGUGCGCAUGACUUCCCGUUCUCUGAAGAUGGGUAGACGAAAUAAUUAACCGAAACGUCAGACCCCAAUACACCUCUCCCGGUGAACGCCUCGUCCUCUUUUGAUUUGCCACAAGGGAAUCACAUUUUCACUCCUAUCGACAUAUUCACUUCUCAAGAAUGGAAGAGAAUAUGCGCAUCUUAGGUUCUUGUUUAAAAGAAGAAGAAGAAGGUACGAUUGCUGGGACAGUAGCUAAGGCCACUAUUCGUUCCUAUUUAGGUGGACAUUUGAAGGGUUUACACAGAUUCCGAUUAAUUUACUGAAAAUGAACACAGUUUGUGGUCAUCAAGUUGUGACAGUUCGAUUUAGAAAUUAGGGAUUAUGGCGAACUGGACCUAGUGAGAUAUUUGUCUAAUUUCCAACCGGAGGAAUGUUCGUGUCCUUUAGCACACACUAAUAAAAUUCCAACGUUGGCGUGUCAAUCAAAGUGUACUGUUAAACCAAGUGGUAAUGAUUUCAGAUCGUGCAGUUUCCAUCAAAUGCCGCAAGACAAUAUUCAGGAUUUCCGUAAUCCAUUUUUUGCUUCUGCGAAUCGUGUUAGGAUUGACAGUGCAUGGCGGAUGACAGCAACGUUUAGCCACAGGUCUCACGGAUGUAUCGUAGGAUUCCCCAAAUACCCGCUCAUCAGUAUCUGAUAAUGAAUUGGGGCGAACAUGAACGGUAGGUAUUAAAUAUAUUGGCGGCUUUUUUAAAAAAAACUACAAUGACAUCCUCAUCCAGCCUAAAUUGCUGGCUCAGAUAAAUGCUAGAAUUGGGUUUAAAUUUUGAUUUAGCGCAGAUAGCCCAUUUUCCCAUGUCAAACCAAAUGCUAUUUAACUAGUGAAAUUGUAAGGUAUUAGUCACGAACUGUAAGGCCGCGCGUGACGAGUAAGCUAUCCUAUUUUCGGCUAUUGAGGAGAUUUUGCGGAGAAAGUUGAUGAAUGUCAAAGGAAGGAGGAUAUUCAACUGUGUGGCAUUCAAAGCAAUAAGGAGGGUUGAUGCAAUAUGUGAACAGGAUAGCCAGUGAGGCGAAUUGCCAAUAGAACCAAGGUUGUGAGUUUCAGAGAGCAGUGCAAAGGAAAAUUCGAUCACUUGAACAUGAGUUACAUUGGUUAGACUUUCAGAUUCCCUCUCGACCCCAUCAUCAGAGGCAUAAAGACUUCAACAUUUCUAGCUCCCAGUCGCCAGACGACCUCAUGCCUAACUUGAUUUGCAGUUGCUGUAUUCAUCGCUGGGGGUCUUUAAUAAUGCAAUGAUGAUUUGUCGUUAUUUGCUGAGAUGGAAUCAUCGUUGCAGAUUCUUGGCGCGGUAAUUACCCAACAAUUUGGCGCGCUGUCACCGGAAUCGCCAGUCGUCCGCGCCCUCCCCGCGUGACUAAUUACACGGAAAGUCAUUCGGCUUCAGGAAAGACUAGGGGGCGGAGAAGCAUGACUUGUGCAGUUCGCGGCUCACGCGGUUGUCGCCUCUUGCAGGAUUUUCGGCCUCGCCAACCUUGAAGAUGUGUAUGGCUCCCGCAGCAUCAGUGAUGCUGGAUGCUCGGACAUAUGUGUCCAGAAAAAUCUUUUACUUUGUCCGACGUAGCUGCUUUUCUUCAAUCACGCGGGAUCCGGCAAAGGCCUCGCGCCGUUCCUUGUCUUUGCACUGGGCCUUUUGGCUUCACAACUCGACACGUGAUAGUGGAGAGAAGUGUCUUUUAGCGUAGCAGCCGCCAUAAAAGAUCUCAUUUCGUUUUCACAUCUAGCGCGUGAAACUGUCCUACGUUAUUUAGUUUUCAAGCAAAUAGUUCAUGAGCACAUCCUCGUAUGUGAGUAAAUCAAGCGGUUACUCGAUGUGUUAAUCACUACUAAAAGCAAAAGUGAUGUGAACCACUCUGGAUGUCGACAUUAAUUCACCCCCUUCCACUUUUUCCAUCCUUGACUAAACUAUAUGUGAUGGAGAUACAAAUUCCCUAUGAAUUUUUUUGUCUCCGCCAGACCACGCCAUUUGCAUGGACCCUUUGUUUAUUCUCGCCUAAUGCCUGUGGGGCGCACAAUUUGAUGCAAAUUUCCCAGCUACAGUGGAUGCGCUAUCUCAUGUGACGUUAGCCGAAAUUCUGAAAUGCAUUUUCGAUUCAAAAUAAUUUACUUUUGGGCACCACGACAAUAAGAUAUUUCUGUCACACCAGAAUAUCGACCGUUUGUUUAGUUUUCCUUCAACCGUCUGCAAAAACAACAUUGUAAAAUGGCCGCUCAAAUAGUUCGCAGAUUUCUUACCGAUAUUAAAUUCUCCAGUAGAUGCAAAUGUAGUUUUAUAGAAAACUUGCAUAUAAACAUGUUCUUUUCUACUCAUUUGGAAGCAAAUCGUGAAUCCUUCGAAAUUCCUACGUGAGUAGUAAGCAUCUUUAGCUUUAAAAAUUUUUUAAUUUUCCGGAUAAUUUUAAGGCCAACUUGGCAAUACACUUGCAUUCGGGGUUUACAAACAGCAUGCCGCUUAUAUUCGGCCAAGGAAUAUCGCGCAUUUCCUUACGAUUCUGGGAAGACACCAUGUACUUGUGCAAUGCUGUGAACCAGGCUGUAUACUUCAUAUGUAACACUUAUAAACGUGUUGAUGCGAUGCCCUGUGAAAGGAAAUUUCACAGCCUCCUCAUUGAGAAUUUUCUAGAACCAAAAGAUGCUCCUCUUUCACGUAAAAUCACUCAGGAAGGCAUAAUAUGCUAAAAAAUGGGUAUAAAAAGAGGAUUUUAACAUCAACAAUCAACGGAAACAUAUAUGCUGCUCAAAUAACCAGUUCUUAUAGGGAUAAGGUUUUGUACACGGUGGAAAUAAAAGCUUAUUCAGAUGCCGGCAUCUGGACGGUACGGAGAUGUCUUAUCGUUACGCUUCGUUAAAUUUCGUGUUUAAAAUUUAAUUGGGCAGUCUUUUUAAAUGAAAGACAUAUUUCUGAAUUCCUGUCAACAUUCUAUAAAAUAGCACAUCAGUUGUUUAUUUCGACGGACCAGUGACUUGUCUCUCAAUGCCCGUACCACUGCCUCUAUAAUGGCCCAUAAAUUAGCAUGUCCGUGCAUUGAAUGCAUGCCAUUUGCCUUCCCGCUUUCAGUAGAAAAGCUAACGCAUGAAAUGUUAACUGAAAUUCUGAAAUGUGUUUCAGACUCAAUAGGAUUACUUAAGGAAUUUUGUGAAAUUAAUCAUCGUGCAACAUAAUUCCAUGAUAAUUCAGCUGCUUAAACAUGCCGACUUCCGAACAAACUUCUUUGCGGCCGCCUCCAUAAACUUCACUUUGUAAAAAUGACCACUUAAAUAGUAGAAAGGUUUGGCGAGGUUUGGUUCUGCAGUCCCACUUGAGUGAUACCAUAUGCUUAGCUUCCUAAAAACAGUUUGAUAGAUGUGAAUAAGUUGACUUUGCCAAUACCACAUAUUUGCAUCUUUCUUACCGUUUCAACGCAGGGAGUGACAUUGCCACGGGAGGAGGAACGCUUACACCUCAGCCUUAGUUACUUCAGGUGUCAGUUUACAGGCGCUUCCAUGUGCGUGCUUCUAUGCCUGUUUGCGCUCUCUGUAUAUUAUCCUAAUCCAGCAAAUGACCAAGAGAAAAUGCUAGUGGAAUUGUUCCAAAAGUUUGGAAAUCUGUUGGUUCCACUUCAGUGGUCAUGCACUGCGUAUUACCGGGCGGUUCCCACAGUGGCCUUCCUGUUGUGAUUACGCCCUCUUUAUCCUCUACAUUUAGCGAGUGGCUGUGUCGGGGGGCGAAUGUGUACACGCCACCUUCACUCCCUUUCCUGCACGUGUUUCGGGCUCUGCUCGUGCUGCCCUUCCCAUCCUAAUCCGGUGAGUGGAUAAGUUAGAUGCGUUAAGCAAAAUUGUUCAAGUGGACUAACCAAAUGGUAUUAAUUCCGUGUGACUGCAGAACCAAACUGGGACAGAUAAAAAAGGAUUAGAAGACGCUCAAAGGCUGAAUAAAUACAAAGAUAGGCAGAUUGCAGUGAUUUGAGGGAUUUCUUUACAUCCAUCAGGGCGAACUCUGUCGUUCAAACCAAGGGCUCUGAAUAUUUUCCCAGGCAAAACUUAACCGUCACCACUCCUAAUUUCUAUAUUUAAAAAUAGGGAGACGUAACUCUGGUUGGUUUCAAGGAAAGCAGACCAGGACUAUAGGACAAUAAAGAUAUGGCGAAUUUGCUAUGGAUUUUAUUGGUUGAUAAAACUGCUUAUUUAAAGGAAGAAAAAUUAUAUUUCUCUGUUGGAAAAGUUUCUUUAUCGCCUUGCUUAUAGAUGUCAAUUAUGGAACCGUUUUCUUUCUUGUGCAUUGUGACAUACUCUAUAAGCCAUCUUCGCGAGCAAGGCGAUCUGUGCUCAGAUAUUUAACAAGAUCACUAAAAGACUAAUCAACACAAAAUUCUCGGGUAGCAACCGUCUUGUGCUGUGUAGACUGAGAUAACCGUUUGUCUACAAUUAAUAAAUAAGAUAAUCACGAUUGAGACUGUUUUACUUACCGUCCCACUCAUGACUGUCGGAUAUAGGUGAAUCGAUUUAUACAAGCUAUGCUGUAUUUCACGAAUGGAACCGAAUAUGCGAGUUCCAGACUCUUGUUGCAGAGAUGAACGCGCGAUCAACGGGACAGUACAUCUAUCAGUCUGGACUAUGGGUCUCGCACAAGACCUCAUCAUUAAAUACAGUGUGAAUGAGCCGUCAAAUGAGCGGUUUUCAAUACUUCUCUGCCUUUCUUUGUUUGACUACAGUCUCUAACGGUGAUCUCUUGUGUGUGACCGAAAGCUCAGACCAAUGCAUGUACUAUCCCAGUGGUGUUGUGUCCAUCUUUGUAAGCACUGUCUGCCUGACCGUCUAACUUUGUUGACCUCCUUGUGAACAAAUUGAAGCAUGGUUGGCAUGUGUUUUCAUGGUCAAAUACCAUUUAUUGUAGACAAAGUGAUAUCGUGUUCUUUAACGACGAGUUUUUUCGCUUGCCAAGGUCAUACUCAUUGAACGGUUUAACGAGGAUUUGUUGCUUUACGAACUAGACUGGGAAACCACAAAAGGGAGCUAUGAAUAGGAAUCAGAGACUGUUUCAUGAGCAUUGAGUAGGAUGUUGCAUUGUUCAGCCUUAACUGCCAACGCUAAAUUGCGUUUGCUAAAGCCCUUUAUUAGCAUUUUAAGACUCAAACCAUUUCCAUAAGUUUGCAAGAUGAAUGGAGCUUAGAGCUCUUGUUUGGCGGCAUACUUGAUGCAAAAUAUGUCCAUUUUGCCGCCUAUUUGGUAAAACGCUUGCAGUUGUUUUUAACGAGCGAGUUCCAAUGGAAAAUUCCACUGGGGAGGUCUUGAGACGUAAACAGUGAGGACCGAUACGACGUUUGAUGCCCCUGCACUCUGUACGGUCGAAGCCCAACGGCUCAAACUUCAAAGUACCAUGCCGCUAAUGCUCACGAUUGGCUUACCAGAGUCAUGACAUUGAGUUAGAAAAAGCCCAACAGCUUCGCUUAUUUGAACUUAACCUAAAUGCAUGAAAAGUAAACUUCUAUCAAACAAUCAACUGGGUUUUUAGAUGCAGCAAAUCGGCAGUGGAUGUGUCAGCAGAAACGAUUUAUAAUUAAUUUACUGUUACUUGUUUCCAGUUGAGUUUGUAAUAAUGUGCAGAAAAGUGGUUUUUGAUAUAACAUGGAGGGGGUGACCAAGGGAAUAGAACCGGUCUAAAUAAAAUGUGCACACCUUAUUUAUGUAACAUUUGCGGCUUUACGUCUGCCUUUCAGUGAAUACCUGUCUGCGAUACAAAAGUGUAUAGGUGAGCAAAUACAACAACCACGAACGCUGUAAAGCUGUAGUCAACUUCUUGCAUAGGAGAAUUAAAUGUACCAAUAAUAUUAGGUGGCCUAUGUACCAUUAAAUUUCGCAUGCUUUUCGCGUUUUACUUUUAUCACUUGCCAAACAUAUGGAUUUGAUCAAAUUAAACCAAAAUAUACCUUGCAAAAAUACUUGAUAGCAACAGUGUAUUACACUUAUUUAACUAUCAGCCUCCUGGUAGGGCAAAUGUGACAAAACUCCCUGAGGGUUUCGUCUGUAUCAGAAAAAAACUUGAGUACUCGUUUUUGGGAUUAGAAAUUCUGGUCAAACUGCUCAAUUCAUGCAGUGGUAUUUUCCCAUAAGAGUUUGCUACUUAUUUUAGUUUCGUGAAACGCCUGUGGCUUGAUUUGUACAAAAACGCAUAUGCGAGCACAGUUACACACACUUUUUAAAAGUGUGUGCAUCUGGAAGGGCACUUUUUUGACAAACGUUUUUAAUUUUAUUUAACUUUCACUGGUCUUCGCGCCCCUGAAUCUACAUCCAUUAAAACUUUAUUGCCAAAAUCGACGUUCUGGGGAUCAAAUUAGAAACGGUAAAAUUGAAUCAUGAAUGGGCAUUAAUAACUCUAAUAUCCAUUAGCACGGAGCAUGACAUGGAAAAAUUAGUCCCUGACUGUUACCGUAAAAGUACAUUUGGUAACCAGUUUGUCAUUAUUAUUUGUCUCUGACUGCUCGUCUAAUUUGCUGGAGGAGGGUCCGUUUCCUUCUUUUUUGCAUUACUACAAGAACAGCAGUCUGGAAUCCAACAACAAGUAGCUUUAUAAAUAUAAAAUACUAUGUUAUUUGUUAUCUGAAAAGAAUGUGAUUUACUGCUCUGUUACCUUUACUCCUCACCUCAGUAUACGUCGUAGAAGGCACGUCCCACAUUUAGUUAAGCCACACAACAUGACGUGCACUCUUCCUAGUUUUAUUAGCGUCCUUAUUAACGACUAAUAUAAUUGGCUGUUGCAUGCCCCCUUCAAGUUAUUUAUAUUUGCAGUUUACUUCCAGGGCAAGUACCCAACGAAAAAGUUCCUAGUCCGCAAAUUUACAUAACAGCGCAAAUUUAAAAUCAUUAAUUCGCAAAAUGAAAAGGUCAUAUUCAGCCGCAUUCCUUUGAAGGUGUACAAAUGCUGCAACUACAUGCUUUACUUCGAGUAUUAUCAGUUACAUUUUCAUAGCAGAACGCGACACCCACAAUUUUACACUAGAGUCGAAAAAAUAUUAGGUUUGUCGACAAUAAAACAGUUCAAGCUGCUUUGAUGGAAAAUAUGCGACUGGAAACCAAACAGAAGGACUUCAGGCGACUUUGGAAGACAGAACAACGGGUAGUUUUUGUUGCAAUAAUAGGCAUUUUGACAUAUACAGGUGGGAAAUUUUUAAUUUACCGACUGGUAUUUCGAUAAAAAAUAUUUAAAGGCACGGGUUUAGGUUGUUUCAUAUGAGGAUAUCUUUAAAAAACACGUAUUGGUGCACGUUCCACAUUUAAUCCAUAGAAUUUGUGUUGCAGACAUUUACUAUAUGGGCUAGAUAUCUAUGGAGUCAAUUCAUCGCCAUAUAUGAAGCCUGCAAAUACAGCUGACGUCGUCUCCUCUUUACAGAAUGAGUUGAACCGAUGCCAUAAAAUCCAGAACACUUGUUGAAACCGACAAAGUAUAACGACGGUUUUGCAUUCUUCACCGGCAUUCUUGUAUCUUGUACCGCUUGGGACUUGGCGACGACUGGAGGGGUGUCGUUUUCAAGUCAGGUGCAUGUAGGCCAAGACUAAGCCUAACAUGGAAUCAUAUUACUGCGAAGGCAGUUAGGAAGUCAGGCGACAUUUCAUUAAUUCUGAUAGGACAACGUUUGAGGAAUUCAGCGAAUACCUCGAUGCAGCAUCCUGGUGCUGACUCUAAACGAUUGCACAACACAAAAUAUUCUGCCAAUUAUUUAGUUACAUUUUCUAUUAAUCUCUCGAAGGAAGUUAGCACGAAUGCCGUUUGCAAUGUUUUUCAAGCACACUUACGCAUGCAAACUUCGCUGAUGUACUUGCUGGCACCAAUAUCUUCGUUUUCUUUAUCUAAGAUCUAAACCCGCUGUUUGUCUUGAGUUCUAUGUACCCCUAUAAUUGCCCUGUUUUAAACAUUUUUUGCAGGCUUUUAGCACUUUAAUUCCCUAUUAUGCUUUUAUUUUAUGUAAAGAAGUUCAGACCUCUUUUUCGUUUUAUUGGGUAUAUUUUGAGUCGCUGUCCUAUGCGCUGAGAAUUUGGCUCGCAUUUCAGUGUAAUUUAUUUACGUCGCAUCCUGAUACCGCAUCACCCUCCAGCUAUUGAUUCAAAAUUUAAACUGUCAUUGUUUGCAAGGGCUAAGGCAUGCUAAUGACCUCAGAUGGCCACGAAACUAUCUCUGGUACCUUUUAAUUUUUACUGCAGUACUUCAUGCGUGUUACAUAAGGCUGCGUACUUCAGGUUUGAAUUUUUUUGCUGCCGAAGCACAGGCUAGACGUCGAAGGCGUUAGUAACCACAUCAGCUGGACACCUUAUUCCAAAUGUAUUUUUGUUUAUGUUCGGAGAAUGUUAACUCCAGAUGCUUAGAAGUUCUAAAUUAACUGGGAUGCAUGAAGACUGAAGUACAAAAUUGGACCGCGUAAUCGUUUCAAAGUUAGCGGUGUUUAAAACUUGGUGAUAUUUAAUAACAUCUACUCAGCAGUAUGGGAAAUCCAUACCCGGAGCUUAGAGACCCAGUAAAAUAGGAGAACCGAAUUGCUUUUGAUCCAUAUCAGCUUUUAAGCGUUUUUAGUGAGUCCGAUGCAAAUUUAGUUGGAGCUAGAAAUUAUUUGUUUUGGAAGUAUUUGCUGGUCGCAGUUCAAGUCCUAUAACUGGAAAUAUGGCAUAUGUGAUCUGUUUUGCUUAAACUGCUUUGGACAUAGACAAGUUUGCAUUAAGUAACUGAUCAUACACGUACGUCAAAAAUAUUUUCAUUGCCAGACAAACAUCGUUUAUAUUUUAAAAUAUGUAAAUUUAAAAAAUAGAUAUACACACAUUCGUGUUUGGUCGUGUCUGACAAACGUGAACUCAAGAUACUCGAAAAUUCUAAGUUUGCCUAAAAACGAAUCAUGCUUACUUCUGUUAAAAAAAACUUUCUCAAUUCCCGCGUAAUUUUUAUCAACACCUGCCGUUGCGAUUGCAUUCAAGCUUUCCAAACUGGAAGCUGUAUACGUCCCAUGUAAAGGAAAUCAUAUAAUUGGAAGGGCCAUAUGGGGUUCACAAAACUGCCUAAUGGAUAUAGACAAAUUUAUCUACUUUGUGAGCAACAUCAAUAAAUUUGCUGAUGCGAAGAAGUAUGCUUAGACAUUUUGCGGUCCUGAGAAAUUUCACAACCACAGUUGACUACCUCUGUGAUUUCCUAUCUGCCAGCAAGCAGGAAAUAGGGAUUCCGACGAAUACACUCAAGGCACUAUUACUAGGAUGCACAUUAAAUGUGCAGUUCCUGUUCGACAACCAACUCUAUAGACAAGUAGACGGCGUUGCUAUGGGCUCACCCCUUGGACAUCUCCUAGCCGAUGUCUUCAUGGGAAAAUUGGAGAGAUUCCAACUAACCGAACAGAUCGACAAGCUCAAACAUUACGGUCGCUAUGUUGACGAUAUCUUUGUCAUUGCCACUGCAGAAACCGAUGUAGCAACCCUCUUAGAUGCGACAAAUCAGGCAAAUCCGUCGAUCAAAUUCACGCUGGAGAUGGAAACAGCCGGUUCGCUCCCUUUUUUUAGAUGUUCUUCUAAGCAGGAGACCUGACGGGAGUGUCCGAAGAAGCGUCUAUCGGAAGGAAUCCUGGUCUGGACAAUGCACGAACUUCGCCAGUUUCGUACCCCUCCAACAAAAACGAAGUCUAGUCCGAUGUUUGGCACAAAGGGCUAGAAAAAUUUGCUCAACAGAUAGCAUCGAGGAGGAGCUCAGAAAAAUCCAGGACUUCCUUCGCAAAAACGGAUAUCCUGAACGGUUUAUUGAAAAGAAUAUUCCUGGACGACCGAUCAAACCCGCCACACGGACCGCCGAAAAGAAGACUGUUCCUCAAGGUCCCUUUCGAAGGGGACGCCGCGAGUGGACUCCUAGGGAGACGCCUUGAUCGAGCUGUCUCGCGAACCAUCCCAGCAGCAAGGACUCAAAUAGCAUUCUCUACUAACCCGAUUUUACGCGGAGAAGGUAAGGAUAAGUUGCCACCGCAGACCACCUCAAUGUGCAUAUAUUCCCUCACUUGCUCCUGUGGAGCAGGCUAUAUUGGUCUAACGAGUCGGCGCUUAUCCAAAAGAAUACGCGAACACCUCCCGGCAUGGCUAGGAAAAGGCGAAACAAGGAGUUUAAGCAGCGCCAUUCUCGCGCAUGUUGUCGAUUCCGGACAUCGUGUGGACCCCAACGAAGCUUUUCGUGUGAUUAAUAAGGUCCCAUCGAGUUACCCUAAGCUACUAGGCCAACGCCUGUUAGCGACAGCGGAAGCGGCCGCCAUUAGGCUACGAAAGCCAAUCUUGUGCGCACAGAAGAAUCACGUUCAGGCUCCGCGCCUACGCUGCUACACUUCGCGCCCUUCCGCUCUCACUCCGCCCCUGACAAUGACUGCUAUUACCCACCUCCAACCACAUUCCCACAUCCCGCCCGUGUUUUAAGUAGAACUUUUAUCGAUUUUUCUUAACGCUGACGUGUUUUUCUUCUACCCCGUUCUCAUAUAACUGUACUGGCCCGACGAGAAUUUAUCGAAAGCUACGUAUGCUCGCCAUCUCGUCUUCUGAUUACGGCUAUGGGCAUUUUCGUAACUCUAAAAUUAGAAAGCUGCUAAAAACCAAACGAUACUCUUCAUUCAAGUUUAAAAUUUGAAGAGGAUUUAAUUUGCCGCCGAAUAAGUAAAAAAGAAUAAUUUCGUACACGUUUUCUAUGCAAUAUAUUUGAACUUAUGUGGGUAUCAACAAUCCACGUGAUACUUAUUCUUACUACUUAAGUAGUACUUUUUACGGAAUAUACUUUAUGCCAGCAGCUGAUUAAGAACUCAUUGGAAAGUCGGUAUCCUAAUAUGACUACAAUAUCUCGGCAUUAUGGGGCAGGAUGUCUAACAUAACAGUCCUUCUUAAGUAACUUUUUACGAAUCAAAAGUACGUUUCAGAAUUCUGAUUAGCAUUUCAUGUGGUAGUGCAUCUACUGUACUUUGGAAAGUUACUACUACUGGGUAGGUUUGCGGAUUGCCCUUUAAGCGUGCGUUGUUGUCAAACUCAACGUUUAAUAUUGCCAGCGUGUGCUUUCAUCCGUUUAACCUGUCAGUGUUCGAGUCGGCUGGAAUUUUCCCAGAAGCUUUUAGAUCAUUUCAGUGAGUAUAUGCGUUUAUGGGUUUUUUUUACACUGCUGACAUGAGAAUUCCAGAAAUGGCAACAAAGAUGUCGUGCUGAAUGCGGACGAUUUAAAUUUUUUGAAAUGACCAAAUGCGCUCAGGUUAGCAAACGUAAGAGAUCUGGGCCGAUACUCUGAGAAGAAUGAAAUGCUCACCGGAUCAAGGGAAUAGCUAUGUGGACGCUUCGGAGAUCUUGGUCGGCUUUCCGUGAUUAAAGCAUUUAGUGCAAAAAUCGACCAGAAUUUUGUAUACACAGCGCAAUAGUUGGCCUUUUGCUGGUCAAUUUUUUUCUUUCGCCGCCCCGGCCCUCUGACCGUUGUUUGUGAAUGUUGGUGGCCUCCGUGUUGUGUAUCGUCACCUCAAUCGGAGUUAAUUGUGUUUGUGUCCCGUUUUGGGUGAAAUAAUCGACGGGUCGUGUCUGCUCGGCCUGGAGUUUAAAUUUGCCAAGUAGGACAAAACACAUAUGUGGGUACAUAUAUAUUUAUAUAUUUUUUUAUAUGUAUAAAUAUGUUUUUUUCGCAAAUAAUAAUGGUAUUUUGGCGUACGUAUACGAUCGUGUUUGUUUUGAAAAGUAGCCAUCGGAACAUGUUACUCAAUACGUCAUGAACUGCACCAGACUGUCGCACGCUUCGGUGAGCACGUCACAUUUUUUAGAAUAAAUGUGUACUGAUAUUUAUUAGCAUUCGAGGAGCAGGUCCUAAAAUACGAACCCUUCCUCAGUAUUGAUAAGAACGGCAACACCCCCUUUUGGUUCCGAAAUGGUUAAUUAGCGUUGUUUAUGAGUCAGAAGCAGAUUGUGUAGGGGUUUUUACUAUCUAAAUGGGGAAUAUGUGCGUAAAAUGACUUUAUUGAGAUCGGCCAACAAAACCCAUCUUUAGGAUGGACAUUGUUCAGUUUUUAUCUUUGAAAACGUAACAUAUCCAGUACGCGCCUUCUCUUCUUAUGUUAAAAUUUAUCAGUCCAUUUAUGCAGUGAAAAACAUUAAUAGAAGCGGUCAGAAAAUAAAGCGGUUAUAACUUUGAAAUUUUCCGCCGGAUUUUGAGCCACAUCUUUACUAUAUGUUACUAUAUUGAAGCCUUAUCGUUGGGUCCUACGUUUUGCUAUCCUCGCCAGAAACCCAACCAGUUAGAGUUUAAAAAAAACAAUUCGAGAACCUGUUGACUCAAACACAUGACCUUCUGCCAGUUUCGACAGAGAGCGUACAACAUCUUACGUCCGCGUUAAUCAAUUGCUCUUAUCAAUACCUGAACAGUCAUCAGGCAUAUCGGGGCUUACUGACGAAGUCACACAUUGAGAAGUUAAAGAAGCUCCGGCAGAACAAAGACGUUCUGAUAACUAGGCCAGAUAAGGGAAUCGGCAUUGUUUUGAUGGACAGGGCAGACUAUAUUACGAAAAUACAGUCAAUUCUGUCGGAUCAGGAAAAGUUCCGAAAGACAGAGAAGGAGAAGGACCGUACAGAUGAGACUGAAGCACGACUGAAUGACUGCUUGAAAAGACUUCAGGCGGAUGGUUGCAUAAGCGAACACGACGUAGAGCGCCUCCGACCCGUCGGUGCGCAUAUACCUCGAUUAUUUGGUUUGCCGAAGAUAUACAAAGAUGGCGUACCGGUUCGUCCAAUCCUCGAUAUGAGGAACUCGCCGUACCAUGCCAUAGGGAAAUGGCUGGCGGAGAAACUUAAGCCUCUGCAGUAUCAUCCAGCGCCACGUAGCUUUCGAAAUACUUCUGAAUUCAUUAACAGCGUGAAAGACUUCGAUUUGAACGAAACGGUAAUGUUUUCGUUAGAUGUCCCGUUCCGUUUUACGAACGUACCGGUAACGGAAACGGUCAACUACUAUUGUGAUUUCAUUGCCGACAGUCAACAGGAUAUAGGAAUGCCAAUGAAUGCCCUCAAGGAAUUGUUAUUGAGGUGUACACUGAACGUGCAGUUCCUAUUCGACAACAGUCUAUAUAGGCAGAUGUACGGCGUAGCAAUGGGCUCACCCAUUGGCCCGCUUUUGGCGAAUAUAUUUACGGGAAUGUUAGAAGCUUUCCAGCUACGUCAUCAGAUCAACAGUUUAAGAUACUAUGGGCGGUACGUGGAUGAUAUAUUCGCGAUUGCACCAAAAUUAAGUGACAUCGAAAUUCUACUGGAUGACAUAAAUCAGGCACAUCCAUCAAUAAAAUUCCCUCUGGAGAAGAACAGUCCGGUUCACUUCCCUUUCUAGAUGUGCUUCUGAGUAGAAGACCUGACGGCAGCAUUCGACGUAGCGUCUAUCGCAAGAAAACAUGGUCCGGACAAUAGACCCAUUUUGGGAGUUUCGUACCGCUAAACCUUAAGCGUAAUUUAGUCCGCUGUUUGACAGAAAGAGUGAAAAGAAUCUGCUCAGCUGAUAGCAUUGAGAAAGAGCAUAAGAUCAUAAAAAGCCUCUUUCGCCAAAACGGGUAUCCUGAUCGAUUCAUUGCUGAGGACAUGGCCGAAAGAGCACAAAAGCCCCUGAUGCUGACGGCAAGAAAGAAAACGCUUUUUAUCAGGGUCACAUUUCAAGGGGAUGCACCAAGUGAGCUUUUAAGAAGACGCCUAACCCAAGCUGUAGCACAGACCUUUCCAGCAGCUGACACCCGUGUACUGUUCUCCACCAGUCCCAUCCUAUACGGAGAGGGUAAGGACGAACUACCAGCUCAGACCACCUCUAUGUGUAUCUACUCCUUCACCUGCUCCUGUGGGGCAGAAUAUAUUGAUCGCCCGAGCCGGCGUUUAUUCAAAAGAAUGAAUGAACAUCUCCCAGCAUGACUAAGAAAGGGACAAAUAAAGACCAUCAACAGCUCGAUCCUCGCACACAUGUUAGACACAGACCACUAUGCAGACGCCAGAGAGGCCUUCAGAAUGAUUUACAAAGUCCCGUCAAGCUAUCCAAUACUGCUUGGGCAGCGCUUGUUGGCUACGGCAGAAGCGGCUGCAAUCAGGCUACGCCGACCGGUCCUAUGCGCACAGAAGAACUUCAUACAGGUCCCACAGUUACCAUGGGUCAAAGCCACCAAACCAACCACACACAUGUAAUUACCUUCGCCGGGACCCACUUUCUCCCUGGCGCUGACUGGAAUUGUGGUGUUUCACUGUCCCUCUCCCCUCCCCUCCACACACCCGAGCUAAAGUUUAAUUAUCUACUUGCCCAUAUCUUUUAAUUUAUUACUUCAAUAGUCAUAUAAAUGCACAGGCCUGAAGAGAAUUUAUCGAAAGCAGGCGUAUGCUCGCCAAAUUGCCUUUUGAAUUUUACAAUGAGAAUUUUCGCAACUCUAUAUUUAGCUACUUAAACUGCAACAGUGUUUUGAAAUAAAUCGGGGUGGUAACACGGCUUUCGGUUUCUGGCUGUAGCCUGAACAAUUCUUUAGAAUUAUCAGUGGACGAUUGUCCCCCAUAGACUACCAAUUUUGCAUCAUUUUUGUCAAUUCCUCAGCGCGUGGGCGCUAUUCGCGCCUUUUAAACUUUUUUAAAAAUUGGGAAAACUUCAUAACAUUUCUUACAAUUUCGCAGAUAAUACGGCAAAUCAUUUUGCUCAGAAUACCAUUCAAAGAUUCUGUUUUACAUUUGACAAACAAUUAACUGGCAAAAAUUCCAGAUAUGGCCUCUAGCUAUACUGCAGAUUUCAAAAGCUGUCUGUCAGUGAGUAACAAAUCUGUUUUGCUUAUGCAAAAUUAGAAUUUUGCGUACAGCCAACUCAGAGUCUCUGUAUAUAUUUUUAGGGCACAAAACUUUUAUUGUUCCCACUUCCGCCUACGUCGUUCGUGUGGCGGUCAUCUUCCGCUUGUCCUGAUGUGGUUUGUUGGCUUGCAAACAAACUGGCAAAGUAUUAUGCAACAUGUGUUUUCUGGGACUUUCAUACCACUCGCCGUAGUAAUGCGGCGCUUAUUUUUUAGCCAACGAGGAUGGCACAUGACGAUGACCGUGACCGAACCUUGUGACGUAGAAACUAGGCUUUAUCAGUCUUUUAACCCACAAAUGUGGCCACUUUGACUCAGUUGUGUUUUUGUUUAGAAACAAAAACAUUUCAGAAACUCCAUAGGCAAAACAUUUUAUACGUCAUGAUUACGUUUUUCUACCAGAGAAAGUGGGCUUAUAUUAAAUGAUUAAAUCGGCGUCACCCGAAUUUAGCAGAGCUGAGGAGCCACAUUUAACGGAUUACUAGCAAAUCUGACUUAUACACAGUGAACUGAGUAAGUACGAGGACGUGGAUCUGCAACAUGGCACGCAGCGCAUCUCAGUUUAGGAAUUUUUUUGGGAUCGCAUAGGCGUAUUAUUGUCAUCCAUUAGCAUAAAGGGCAGACAUGCCACAUGCAUUGGACGGCAACGUUUUCUUUCAAUUUGGGCAAGUCAGAUGAUAUGAUUCUUCCUUCAGUACGUACAGUAAGUUACCGAUCUCGUGAAAUGUUGGCUGACAUUCCAAAAUGCGUUUUCGAUUAGGAAGGAUUACUUGGUCGCGGUUGAAAUAAUGAUUGUCUUGCUGCAUAAUCCGUUAAUAUUUCGGUUUUGGCAGGAUGUCGUCUUUUAAAUGGACUUCUUUUCAAUCUCCCUUAAAGACCGUACUCAGUAAAAAUGACUACUUAAGUAGCAUGCACUUUUCCCAUUGAUUUUCGGUGGUUUCGCAAAUUCAAAUAUAUUUCAUAGAAACCAUAAACAAUAUAUGCUUUCUUUCAGUCAAUUAAUAGAGAAUCACGUCUACUCUAUAUUUUAUGCUCAAGGCAGGAGUAUAAUUAUGUUUCAAAAAAGUUUUAAUUAUUAGAUUUUUAAGACCGCGAAAUGCCCAUUCACGUAUCAUCGUACCGGUCGUUUACCACAGCUUCCCGUGAAAUGUACAACAUAGUUUGCAUCCGUUGCGAAAUUUUUUGGACUCUGUAUGGUAGCCUUUUAUGGCAUAGAAAAAUAUGUGAUUUUCUUUACGUUGGGCGCAUGCACCUUGUAGACUGAAAUCACUAAGCACUAAUGUAGCGAAUGUUCAGGCUUCAAAUCAUUCCGUACUUAGAAAACUUUUUUUAAAAUCAAAUUAUACUCCUUCCUUGAGUAUAAAAUAUGAAGAAGACGUGAUCCCCUAUUAUUGACUGAAAGAAAGCAUAUUUUUGUUUAUGGUUUUUAUAAGAUAUAUUUGAAUUUAGAAGACCAUCGAAAAUCAAUACGAAAAAUCCAUGCUACUUAAGUUGUCAUUUUUUGCCAAAUAAAGUUUCCACAGGAGAUUAAAAGGAAGUCCAUUUAAAAGACGACAUCAUGUCAAGUCCGAAAAAAUAAAAGGAUUAUGCCGCGAGCUAAGCAGUAUUACAAACGUGUCCAAGUAAUCCUUCUUAUCGAAAACACAUUUUAGAAUUUCAGCCAACAUUUCAUGCGAUUGGUCACUCACUGUAUCUUAGCAUUUACUGUUUUUUUCGUUUUAAUUGGCCUGUUUCGGAUAUGCCGUUCAAAAUAGUAAUCAUUAGGAAUAACAAUAACGUGGGUAAGAUCCCUUUGCCUAGACCUCUAAAACGGAGAAUAAUUCGGCGCGAGACGUGUCGAUUUUGCAUUUACCAAAUGAAUUGUGUUGUCGCUUAUGUCACAACCAGUCGCUUGUGGACUAUACCAGAGAACUUGACUUAUUUUUUUGCAUCUGGUUACCAGGUCAGAUUUUUCCGCCUGACCUUCGUUUACAUAAACCUGGACGAACUUAAACACAUGAGAAUUCAUCGCCAGGCAGAGGCUUUAUCGGCCAGCAAAUUGUACAUGCUUGUGCCAGUUAGCUGGAUGCCUGCGUCAGGAUUUGUAUUCUCAUGUAAGGAUCUAAAUGAUUAACAGACGGUUAGACUGGAUUUCGAAAAUCGGUCACUGCAGUUGCUACAUUUUAUGUACAACCACCUAUUUAUUUUCGAGUAAGUAAUUCGGAAAGGAUUUCAAACCCAGCAAAGACGAAUCGUAGACUGUGAAUAGGCUUUUUUCCUGGACUUCCUAAACGAGAAUAAUUAGAUAAAUUAUACAGUAGAUGUGCUUAAUCAUGAAAUGUCAACCAAAAUUUCGAAAUGCGUUCUCGUUUCCAAAAGAUAACUUAAGUGGUUUUGUUAAACUAAUCAUGAUGCAGCAUAAAUCUAUAAUGAUCCAGUUACCCCGAGGUGUCAGCUUUCGAAAAAACUCAUAUUCGGUUGAAUGCAAGAUCAAUACUCUGUAAAAAAUGACAACGAAAAUAGCAUGCAAUUUUUUCAUUGAUUUUCGAUGCCCUUGAAAAUUCAAUUAUAUUUCAUGGAAAACGUGCAUAGAAAUAUUCAGUCUUUUACUUAUUCGGCAGAAAAUCACGUCUUCUUCCAAUUUCAUGCACAAAAGAAGAGUAUAAUUCGGUUUUAAAAAACGUUUCUAAUUCCCGAAUCAUUUUGAACCCAACCUGCUGUUACACUUGCAUUCACGGUUUCAAAACUACAAGCUGUAUAUUUUCCAUGUACGGAAAACCAUGCAUUUCUCUACGCUGUUAAAAGGAGAACAUAUGAGGUUCAUAAAAUUAAGCAGUGGAUUUGAGCAAUAUUGUUAACUUUACAAGCCACAUUCGUAAAUGCAGAUACAUGACGUUUCAUGAACCGCCAUUUAACGGUAUUAAAAAAUCUCACAAUUAGAAACUUUUUUAAAACCGAAUUAUACUCUUCUUUUGAGUAAGAAAUUGGAAGAAGACGUGAUUUUCUACCGAAUAAAUAAAAGACGGAAUAUUUCUAUGCACGUUUUCCAUGAAAUAUAAUUGAAUUUUCAAGGGCAUCGAAAAUCAAUGAGAAAAUUGCAUGCUAGUUUAGUUGUCAUUUUUUGCAGAGUAUAGAUCUUGCAUGCAGCCAAAAAUAAGUUCUUUCGAAGGCCGACAUCCUGAGGUAACUGGAUCAUUAUAGAUUUAUGCUGCAUCAUGAUUAGUUUUACAACACUACUUAUUUUAUCUUUUCGAAACGAGAACGCAUUUCGAAAUUUUGGUUGACAUUUCAUGAGUUAACACAUCUACUGUAUAUUCAUGAAGGAAGAAUGAACGCGGACUGCAAAAGAACUGAUUGAAAUCAGUAACACCUUAGUACCUCUAAAUUUGGCUGUUUUUCGUCUUAAUCAGGGGGCAUGAUAAAAAGGACGUGCGACGCACUGAAACGCUUACCGAGGUGCCGAAAACUUCAGGAUAAAACGCAUGUAAAGUCUUUUUGCUAUUUAGUGCGUUGUAGAACCAUGAUUAAGCUACGGCUGAGUGCAGGCAUGUCGUAAAUACCAAUGUUCUCACCAUCUAACGAGUUAUAUCUCACGAGCUCCUAGUCUUAAAAGCAGCAAGUAAAUGGUGAUACCGCUGUCGGUCAGACACAGAAUUAAGUUGGAGAAUCUCUGCCUUUAACGUGGAGUAGUGUGCAUCUGCAGGAGGAUUAGCCAGCAAGGACAAAACUUGAGAGAUAACACUAGCCGGGAGAAGCUCCGCCAAUUUGUGGUAUUUUGCCAACUCCUUAGUAACGUCAGCAGAAUAAAAGGCUAAUUCUAUGCGGAUGAAGUAAAGUUCUGGAGCGUGUUGCCAGAAUUCAGGCAAGGUAAAAUUGAUGGAAUUGAUGGACUGGGCGGAGGCACCAAGUUGUUGGUUGGAGUGAGACAUAUAAGACAGAUAUGGUAAAAAUAUCAGAAUUCUUGAAAACAGUAGACGUAAAUGAAAUAGAAAUUCACAAACAAAUAGUACGUUAAAUGUUAUUCGGUGUGACAGAAAGACAUAAAGUCUGCCUUAACGUCGGGAGUCACCAAUGGUGCCCAACGUGGGACUCGAACCCACGACCCCGAGAUUAAGAGUCUCGUGCUCUACCGACUGAGCUAGCGGGGUGGGUUGCAGAGGUGUGCCGUUUUCCGCCACAUUCAAACAAGCAAUGCGGGUAAACAAAACAGGACUAAAUUGUCAAAGAUAAAUUACUCCGGUACCUCACAGCAGGCAUGCUACUGGCAGACUUACGACUUGCUCGCAGUCACUUAGAAUAAAUUAGCAGAAGUUAUGUAAGAUAGUCAACCAGGAUAAUAAUCCAGCAUUCAAAGGCCUAGCCCAAUGCAUGUGCCCCCCCCCCCUCGCGAAUUUGGCAGAUAUUACAGCACUGAAAGGAGAAAUAUUUGUUAAAAAUAGCGCGGUUAUUCGUUGUGACCCAAUGAGGAGUCGCAGAGUUCGCUUCCUGCUACCACCCGGAUUUUAAUAAAGGUUAACUUUUUCCGUACAGUCUCGUUUUAUCACAGAACGACUGCAACUCUUGGCUGAGACAAUUUUUUCAUGGUUGUUCCUGUGUAAUUAACUGAGACAUUACUCCCAAUUGUGCAAUUUUCCAGCAGAAUUUGCCUCCAUUUGGAAUGAAAGCUUAUUUCCUCUCACCCGCUUACAACGAAAAUUAAAAUAAAUUAACGAUCCUGCAUAUAACCAAUCACAAACAUAUAUUUCGGGAAUUGUUACAACAGUAUUUUAUCCUUCAGGAAGAUUUUAAGGUGCAAUGAAAAACAAACUGUUGUUGCCAGUCGCUGUCUAUCUCUGUAUAUAAUAAUUUGGAUGAGUACCAUUUUGAAGUGAGACAAACUGCUGUCGACAAGAUCGUUUAGUCAUAGAUGUAAGAGCGGAAAUCGUUUAAGCGGAUUUGGCUUUUGAGUCACCACUGCCACAUUUCUGAUUCUCACAAAUCGGAGCACGUAUAAUAUGCUCUCCAGCUGACGUGAAAGUAAGAACAAGUUCAUAUCUACUUUCAACCGUAACUAUAGUUUUCUCUCGAAGAAAAAUUGGCGGCAUAAAUUUGGGGAUAUUUUCCAACAACACAAAUAGCUCACAAUGUAAUAUACCCAGCAUACUAUUUUUAUUUCAAAAAUGAGAAUUAACUUUCGAUAUGACAGAUAUGCGUUCCGAGAAUGGCUGAAAGCAACCGGGACCUAACAGCAUCCGCCAUUGAUAUCUGGUUAUUUCCGAUGGUCUGAAUGCAGAUAUGUCUACAGUGGUCCAAUUAGUAGGCUCUUAUGCUGACUUUAACUUUCGCACAUUGCACAGAAGAAAGCGUUUGAGAUGGAGACAUUAACGUUCGCGCAAGGCCGUGGUAUUUGCCAUCUCCAGCAUCCAUAUACGCUGUUAAGAAAUGCGUUAAAUUCCGCAGUUUUUUUCAUAAACCCAGACCAACCUUACCUUUCAUGUUCGGGUCGACCUUAACGCCCUUGCUUAAAGCGCAUCUUCCUCCUUAUCCGCUUUCCCCGUUACUUGGGCUCAGGUUGCGCUUACUUUUCGUCCCUGUCCCUUUCAGACAUGGCUUCCCUCUUUAGUUCCGCUUUCUGUCGCCGUCCCAUCUUAUAUACCCCUGAGCUGGUUCGCACCUUUCAUGAUUUUUUCAACUGUGGUCCUGUUGUGAAGGGGGUCUGACGCCGCAGAUGUGACGAUGUAGCUGUCCGCUUUUUCCGCUAAUGCGCAAAAACAGCCCCUUUGAUUACUCUGGAAACAAAAAAUACACCUUCGCACAUUCCAGUUUCUUCUUUUUGUAUAUUUGGAGCGGCACAAUGCUUUCAAUUUCAUUUUCAGUUGCUGAAGUCAAACUUCCUUAGAUUAUUAAAAAAAAUGCGCAAAAUUCGACAAAAAAGUCUAUGGGGAGUUUGAACGUGGACCCUGCUUAUUAACGACCGCUUCAUGAACCAAAAAAACGCCCGUUGCCUAAAAUUUGAAAUGCUAUUCUGCAAAUCCGUGAUUUGUUCAGAAAUUCCUGCUCACUUAGAGCAGAUUAGACACUAUUAUAGACGUCUAAUGUACUUUUCAUCCAAACUCCUUUUAAGCUACUGCCAACGGAUAUUUAGUACCCAGUCUUCCUGUCAGCGUUGAUAAGGACUUUAUUGUAUUAAUGGCAUUCUGUGCAGAAAUAGAACAAUUGGACGUAUGCCGCAGGACGACGUGCCGUUGUUACAACGAAGUCUCUGUGACAUUUCGAAAGUUGACAAAAUGGCAAUACCAAAUUUUUGUCAAUAAACACCGCGAGGAUAUUGGUCGACGCAUAUUUCACAUCCGUGUUCAAAUGGAAACUGACUAUUCCCCUCUGAAAACGCUUCCAUCAUUAGGACAUUUAGGGGUCAACGGGCAUCUUUCAUGUUUAGUCAAAACUUUGUGAAUGGCAGGGCAAUUGAAACACCAUAUAGACUGUCAAUUAGGACAGUCGCAUUCCCUUAGUAAUCAGGGUAUAAUUUCGCGGGGUGUUUUAGUUCGGUGGGCUGUUUCUAUAAAUAUGUUCCGCAGAGGCACCUUAAUGUGGGGCUUAAUGAAAUGCUAUUAGUGGCAAAAGAACGGAAAGCCGAAUCAAAUUUAAAAUUAAAUUCACAGUCAGUUUUUAAGUUACAAAUUCAGAAAGAAAACAUGCAUGCAGUCAGUAUAGACUGAACAUCACUCGCAUAGUAUGGAAUAUUAUAUUCUGAAUGUUUCCAGAAAUGCUCCCUAUUGUCGGUUUCGCAUACUUUUCAAACUUGCCGUAUGAAUAACACUUUUGGCUUGCAAAACGUGCGUCUGAGCACGACGCAUGUUCUUCUUAGUAGUAGCCAUUACAAGUUUUGUACAAACCAUAAAUACCGUUGAACUAAAGCUCUGCUGGAUGGGUCAGACAUGGGAAUAGAAAUCUCCAAGUGAAACAGUUGUUCGUCAACCAAAGUUUGGGCAGUGCGCUCAUCCCAGUGUCCCAAUCAUAACCAUCACCCUGCCUUAAAAUUAACUCUAGCGCCAGAUUUUACCUCAACGUUAAUCUCCCUUGAACUUGUCGCAGGCGCAGCUGUCCCUCUACUCAUGUCCUACUGACAGUUCGACCGUCAUGGCCGACGAUGUAAACUUUGCGCUCCACCGAAAGGUGAAGCAAGUACGGUGACUUCUGUGCGAAUUAGUUUAUAGUUGGGGUAGACCUGCGCAGGUUCUACCUCAAUCUCCCCUCCUCUCCGUCUAGACUCGCGUCAAGAAGUAGUUACGAAAACUGGAGGUCUGUUGAGGAAACGUUUUAGGCGGAGACCAUGGGACGCCCACGUCUAUUAUUCACGAUGGCAUCUGCUAUGCCAUAAUCAGCAAACCAUGGCUCUCGUAACAUGGUGCGCAUUGGAAUUUCUCUGGCACCUGGAUCCCUAUCGGUAGAUGCGUCUGCGCUCCCGCUGCCUAUACAGGCUUCCCAGUCAUCCUCGUUGUCUUUCUAACCCAUUAAGAUGUUGUCGCUGUUAGUAAAAAUCCUGGUCACCGUGUUUGCUGUGGGCCAGGGGACGUCGUGUGACGCCUAGGUGGGGGUCCGGGCGUGCCAGUCACCUGCGCCCUCUCGCGUCUUCGGUCUUAUUGACUAUGUUGUGACACCGGACCCCUGUGGGGCAGGAGUAGGGAGUGUGGUAGAUGCCGUGCAAGUCUGUUACCACUAGAAACGGCUUCAUGCACAAGUCAUUCUUCCUGCUGUGGAGCACACGGUGGACAUCGUCGGGUAAGACUCUCGAACCAUCCCGUAUACGCACAGUAAUUCAACCGACUUCCAUCCAAUAGGCAUCAUAUAUGAUAACAGUAACAAUAGUGUAUUAUGUAACGGGUGCGAAGAAGGGUCUAACGUUAUCAAAAUGAGUCAACUAGCAGUUGUUCGAUAGGCGGGUUGCCGGAAUUGAAAAGGGUUUUCAUGGGUAGAAUUUACACAGGCUCAGGCAAAGAGGGGAAGCAUUGUCCUUCACUAGAGAAAAAACCAUCAGGGAGGGAAGACGCUAAGCUAAAUAUUACCUCUCACUCUUCUCCAUAGAUUCCUCAUACCCUUUCAUUUAAAUCAAAAUGGUAAUGUCGUCUUCUACAAUGCGAUUGUCGUGACAUUUAAGUCCGUUUUGUUUUUAUCAGUUACAAUACGCUUUGACACAACUUUGUAUAAGGCAAAGAACACGCACGUGGACUUUUACCUGCUGACGACUUUGUUCUUAUUUACUAGUUUGUAACCGUUGGGAUACUGCUAUUUUCGUUUCCCGGAUAGCCUACUUACCGUGCCCAAAUAAUGGCUUUAUCACUUACACGAUCUUUGAAGGAAGCGGCACGCGCAGGCCGCUCUUGCUGCAAAUUUGAAAUGCGCAAUACAUAAUGGCUUGACUAAAAUAAUUUUUGUUUCGAUCAAAAUUACUUAUUCAAAGUACUUACAGAUUAUAUACGAAGUUUAUCGGAUUUCACGUUCACCUUUUCAGGGAUGACAGUUCGGUCGUCGUGACCAACGAUGUCCAACGUGUUUCCCCACAGCAGGUUGAGAGCAGGCACGGUGACUUGUGCGUGAACUAAUUUAUAGUGGUUACAGACUUGCACAGCAUAUACCACACUCCCUCCUCCUCGUCCCACACAGGGGUCCGGUGUCAAAACAUAGUCAAGAAGACCGAGGACGCAAUAGAAUGCAGGUGACUGGCAUGCCCCGACCCACACCUGGGCGUCUCACCAGGUCCCCUGGCCCACAGCAAACACGUGACCAGGAUUUCUACUAACCGCAGCACCUUAAUGGAUCAGAAAGACAAUGAGGAUGAGUGGGCAGCCAUGUUCACGACCUUUAUGGCUAACAGGAGCGUAAACGCAUCUACCGGCAAGGAACCAGGUGUUAGAGAACUUUCAGUGCACACCAUGCUGUGAGAGCCAUGGUUUGCUGAGCAAUGCAUAGCAGAUGCUUACAUAUCUUAAGGCCCGUGUUCUACUGGUGAUCGACUGUCCCGCAUAGGCUCACCUACAAUAAAACUGCUGUAUUGAGAUCCAAAGAAGUGUUUCAGUGCCAUUCAGCAUUUCCGAUAGAAACGAACAGGCGAGUUUCAGGAAGCACUUCAAAAUGCAAAGAUGUAAUAAUUGAAACAAGAAAUUUAUUGGACUGACGUUUUGGAUUCUUACUCGUACCUAUCACCAAAGACGGUUGCAGCUGUGUACUAAACAUACUGCAUUCCUUGUGCUACCACUACCCUUAUCUGCGACUGUCUCUGAUUAUGGGUUAGAAUGAGAAUUCGCAACCUCAGGCCAAUAAAUUCCUGGUUCCAGUGGUAGCAUUUUCGUCGUCUAACUUCAACACUCGCAGUUUCCUCGGAGUAAUCUUCCCAGAGAAGUGGGUAUUGGUAAUCUCAUUUCUAAAAAGGGUCAAAAUAUUUAGCUCUCAUGUCAAUUUUCUUGACGGCUUGCGUAAUCGUAGAAAAGAAAAAUAAGGUCGCGUUCCGCAUUAACACAUCUGGCAUGCUGUUACGAUCCACUGGUCAUCCUCUUAAUAAUUUAUGGACCACGUAAAGCUGUUUGAGUUUUAGAGUGAAUGUCCGCUACGUAACAGUAACGAAAGUUUACUCCAAUGACGGCGGCAUGCCACAAAGUAACGCUUGACUGCCCGACACAAACAGCUAUGGCGCAAAUAAAUAUUCUAACAGUUCUAACUAACCGAUGGCGUCUUACGUUUCGGUAACAGUCUCCCAAAUGCAACCACUGCAUGUCGCCGCUAAAGGAUGGGAAAAACACAACUGAAGUAGGCGGCAAAAGCAUGUUAACACUGCCUCUGGUGUCCGUGUAGUUUCAGUUUCGGUUUAUUUAGGGAAAUAUAAGCGAGACCCCUUGAACUCCCCACUGGUUACAAGUCGUCGGAGGAAAGAAUUGAUGCGAGAAGUUGAAAAAUAUUUUGUACGUUAUUGCGGACAGCUGACAGUCACUCGUAAAAGAUUAAUAAUUAACGUUUACUUACUAAUCACAAGUAGUAUAAACACGUAUACUUUGUGCCAGGUUGUGUGAGUGUAUGGGAUGUUGGUAAUUGGGAAGCAUGACACGCGUCAGGUCUGCAUUUAAAGGAAUUCACACAGGAGGAGAUUACAACAUCGGUAGGCAGGGCAUUCCACGCUGGAACCACUUACCACUGAAAAAGAACUCUCGUCCAUUGAUUCUUGCUUUCCCCGUGCGUAGUUUUAGGGGAUGACCGGGCUAAGUGUUGACUUGAGUGAAAUAAUCACUGGGAACUAAACAGCGAUCUAGGCCGUUUAUAAUGCGCAAUGUUAGUAUAAGAUCCCCACAUGAUUGCCUAUUGAUUGAGAGUUGAUAGUCUGGUUUCGUAGAGGAAUACUCCUAGACCAUUUGUCAUUUUGGUCACCCGUCUCUGGACCCCCUCCAAGACGGUAUAGUCCUUGGCAGUCCAAGGUCUCCACGCCUUUAUGGCGUAUUCUAGGUGAGGCCGCACAUACGUGCCAAAUAUUUCGGAAAAGCAGUCAGGGUCAAAUCCCAUAAAGGCUCGCUUAAUGAGUUGUAAUGUAUCCAUAGCCGAUUUAGCCGCCUUCGCGCAAUGCAGUCUUGGUUUAAGUGAAGAUGUAAUCUAUACACCAAAGUCCUUCUGAUUGUCAACCUGUUGCAGUGGUGUGCCGUCUAGGAAGUAAGUCCUGGGGCUGAAAGCUCUGAAGUUGCCGAUUUGAAGAAAAUUGCACUUGCUUAUAUUGAAGGGCAUAGGUCAACGCUUCGACCAGUCUUCGAGCCUGUUCAAGUUUGCUUGAAAGUGGUCUGCGUUUGCAACACUGCAAGUGACUCCACAAUUUUAUGCCGUCGGAAACAGGAUGGCAUCACAGUCUCGGUACCUGACACCGUCAUUUAUGAAAACGAGGCAUAACUGGGGGCCUAGGACUGAGCCCCGUGGGAAGCCACUCACCACGCUUACCUCUGAGGACUCCUGACGCCAGAGCUGCACUCUUGGGAACCGUCCGGUAAAAAAGCUCUGGGUCCAUACAAGAAGGCGUCCACGAAUGCAAGUGUUGCGCAGUUUGUACAAUAGACGUUUGUUAGGAACGCUAUCGAGGGCCUGUGUGAAAUCAACGUAGAUGGCGUGCACCACAUUGCCUUCAUUGCGUGCUUUGCUUCAGCGUUGGAGCUUAAAGACGGGAUUCGUGAGACCACUUCGAAAGCCGCGUUGGGCAUCGUAAAAGAGAUAAUGCUGCUCGAGGGACCGCCUCAAGUCCUUCUUAAUGAUCUUCUCCAUGGUUUUGCAGCAGAGGGGGAUAGGCUUCACUUGCCUGUAGUUAUUCGCAGACGCGGGACCUCCACCUUUAAAAAGCGGAGUGAUUGUAGCGGACUUCCAAUCAGAGAGCAGGCGCCCACUAACAAAUGACGUUCGAAAGAGCAAUGCUAACAGCUCCUUCAGCAGCUUGGCCGAGAUGGCAUCAGGGCCUGGGGAGGUCGAUUCUUUCAGGUUUAGCAACUCUUUCUGAUUGUUUCGGUGGAGAAGACAGCUUCGAGGGUAGGCGCGCGUUUAGUAGCACUGCCGUAGUACUGUCUGCUUGAAUUUUCAUUGAAUACAAGUUUCUUGAUUUUCUUCAAUUAGAUCGGCCAAACGACACCCCAAGCAUGCUGACCUUCGAUCAGGCGUAUAAACAGAUUGUCCUUGUAGAGCUGCAGCUCAAUUUUUCUACUUAAAAUAGCUGCGAUCGCAUGCUAGUGAGGGUAGGUGUGAGCGAAACGUCCUCAGUUGCCUCCAUGUCAGAUUUACUUCCCUCGGCCUUCUCUAGUAUUUCGAGCUGCAUACUGAUUAAGCGACUCAAUGCACCCCCUUAUUUAGUCUUCAUAAUGUUCUGAUUAUUCAAAGAGUCGCUUGCCAUCACUCAGCUGUUGUGUCAGUGUCACCAAUGCAACAAUAUACGCCGCCUAGGCGCGGCUCUCGUCGCGCCAGCCACCUGCGUCCACUCCCACCUCCGAUAUUCUUGACUAUGUCUUGACAAAGCUCCCAGGUCGGGAAUAAGAGGGCGCCGUAGAUGCGACUUAAGUCUAAUAAUUCCGCUGAGGUCACCAUCCCUGUUCUUACUCUGCUGCGGAGCACACGGUGGACAUCGUCGAAGUCGAUGGCCGAACUGUCAUCACACUACACUGUCCUGGCACCCCAAACGGUGAAUAAAUGUAACUGACCUCCCUGGCAAAUCAGCAUCGCUUCCGCUUCUUAGAUUUUCGAUAAAACCCCAUGUGGGUUUCUUGGAAUAUAUUACUCCACAAGUCCGCGUAGUUGCACAGAGUCUUGCUGUCUGUUUUCAUAGAUAUUUCUCAUAAAUUCAGGCCGUCAUCUAUAGCACGCAUUAUCCACUAGCCUAUUUGUAUUGAUUGCACUAACUCAUUGGUAAUUGCUGGCAAGGCCUUCAUUUCAAUGGUCGUUUUAUUUGCUUCGAGGAUCAAGCUCCCCAUGAAGACUCCUUCUGCAAAUCUGUGUGGCCUUAUGCCAUACGCUGAAUCCAUUGCAGUUUGGACGGACGUGCAGCCGGCAUCUCCGCCGUCGAUUUCGAUGACGUUUACCGUGGGCUUCACAGCAGGGUGCAAGCGGGAACAGUGAAUUUCGUAGGAAUUAUUUUAAAACUUUAUUUCGGUUUAUCGAUAUGAAUAGGGUGCUCAAGGGCGAAAGCCUCAUUCCCUUAAUAAACUGACUUAAACUGACUAAAACGAUAGUAGACUGGUGUGCCGUCCACCGUGGUAACUCCUCCUUCUCCUUCUGGGUCUUGUAUCAUGGCCAAGUUCGGCAGGUGUUAUUGGAGGUGUGGGGUUGCCAACAUUGAGGGUGCGGUGGCGAGCACAAGCGCAGGCCCACGUCAUGCCAGUUUCGAUUACAGCCUCUCCGCUCAUUUUUACGUGCAAAAUCCUGAUCAGUUGCAUACCGUGGACCAGGGGGUGUGGUGGUACGCUUAGGUGCGGAUUUUCGCCGCGCCGGCUACCUGUGUCGUGUCCUGCAUCCAAACUUCUUGAUCCUGCUAGAGACCGGAUCCAGAUGUGGGGGAGGAAGGAUUGCGGUAGAUACAGCGAAAGCUUACCACCACUAUAAAGGAAUUCACGCACAUGUCACCGUUCCUGUUCCCACCCUGCUGUAGGGCACACGCCUGACAUCGUCGGAAAUUACUUUUGGACUGUCGGUGGUUGUGAUGAUGGUGAUGAUGAUGAUGAUGAUGAUGAUGAUGAUGAUGAUGAUGAUGAUGAUGAUGAUGAUGAUGAUGAUGAUGAUGAUGAUGAUGAUGAUGAUGAUGAUGAUGAUGAUGAUGAUGCCAUUCGGUUCUAG